AUGUUCUCAACAAGGUUUGAGCCCUCCAUUACGGCUAUUGCGGCUCUGAUUGCUUCCACUGUGCUGGCACUUUGCGCCGCGGAUGUCUCCCAUUUGUCCCUCUCGCGGAACUAUUUGCCACCGCUGAGCGGCGCUGGCGGCUACUCGACGUACUCCUCGUAUCCCACGUAUCCCUCGUAUACGGGCAACGCCUACUCCGGCGGCGGCUACUACUCGGGCUCCGGCCUCGGUUCGAGCUACGGUGCCCCGCUGGUCUCAUCCGGCUACAACAGCUAUGCCGCGGUGCCGCAGUACAACAGCUAUGCCACGCCCUCGCGCGCCUAUCUGCCGGCACUGACCAGCUAUGCCGGCACUGGCUACAGCGGCCUGGACACCAAAUAUGGCUCCAACGGCGGUUACGUCUAUUAGGAGGAUCAGUUGGCAUGUGCCUGGGAUAAUGUCCACUAAAUAUUCUUAUGCAAAAAGUGCUCACAAAACGAAUGUAUAUGUAUAUAAAUCCUCUUUUU